ACAUAUUCCAGAGCAAUGGAGAAUAAAUACAAACUUAGUCCGAUCCCUAACGCCCCUAGGAUCGACUUGGAUGAGUAUGAAAAAGUUAGUGUGGCUCAUGAACAACAUCAAGAAAAUAUGUAUCAGGACUUCUCGAAGACAAAAGAAUUUAACCCUUAUGCCGAGUCUGAUGAUGAAGAGCCUGAAAUUCAAUUAAUUAACCGAGCUAAGGCAAUCAGUUUCAAGGUCCCAAAAAUAUUAGGAAUAUCCAAGAAACGACGUGCAGUGCGUAAAUUCUCUGAAGCAGAUAAAUUAGAUGGAGAUCUCCAACGAGGAAGAGUACACAGAGAAGAUCCUGAUAUUUAUAUUAAAUAAGGCGUUUGGUCCAAACUUUGAGUUCUCUGAAGAGUACCUUACAAGCGACAUAAAAUCCGAAAUAAUAAUAAAGGCUCUCAAGAAGCGGUAUGGGUUCAAAUAAGGUAACCAAGGCCACUAUGAAGCACAUCCUCUACGAAGGAGCCCGCAUGAGUCGGAUCCUUAGGAUCAAUAACUCAGCGUAUGACAGGAUGAUCGAGAUCCUCGAUAUCGACCUUGAAUGCGAAUCUGAUAAUGACCAAGUCGAUGAAAGUGAAAAUGAACAAGAAAAUGAAGAUUUUAAAGAAGAAGAAGAGAAAGAGCAGAUAGAAAAAGAAGAAAAAAAGAGGGAAAAUGGUUUUGCAUCAAAGCAUUUGAGGGUUAGGAAAAAUUUCAGGAGGUUUGAAACGCAGAAAAAUGUACUUGAUAAUUCAAAUUUGAAUCAGUCGAAUGAUGCUAUGAAAUCAAAAGAUGCUUUUAUUACCUCUUAUCACUCUAUAGAUUCAGUGAUCUUUGAUAGCUACUCCAAUGACUUUGAAAAAGCAGUCAAACUGCUUAAAAACAUUAUAGAGAUAGAGACUAAUAACUUAGAUGAUUUUAAGAAUAUCUUUAGACCUAAAAACUCAAAUAAAAUUGCGCCUAUGGAUGUAGAGACAGACUAUCACUUUCAAUACAUUAAAAAUAAAAAAUUGUUUAAAGGCUUGAUUUCCAAAUUACUCGCUAUUAGGAGAGGAUUCUCACAGAAACUGAAGAAGGAUGCUCUUCCUUCUGUGACAACACAACCUGAUGAGGUGGAGAAGGGUGACGCUGAUCAAUUCAGAUUAGAAAUGAAAAAGAUCACUAAAUCGAAGAGGUGCAUUGACUUUAGAAGAGAUUAUAUUCCUAAAUUAGGCAUCAUCUUUAUAUUAUCUGCCCUUUGAGCUAUCUGCAAAGGUACUUUAACAGCAUUUGUGAAUGAUUUCUAUGAGGUGUUUGGCUGGUGGAUAGUCUGUAGCAGAGGAGCCUCGCUUUCUGUCCUCAUAAUAAUUAUGGUCUGCAUGUUCUUCAUUUCUCAUGAUCUAAUGACAUUAGCAAGGAGGAAAUGCAAAAAUUCAAUAUCAGGCUGGCUCGAUCACUACUUCAUGAUCCAUAAAUUCUGUGGAUAUUUAUUGGCAUUUUAUGCUAGCGUUCAUUCAUUUUGACACCUUGCUGGAACGUUCAGAGUUAUUUCUGAUGAAGAGGAUAUUGACGAAGUGAAUAGAGUGAAAGGUGGUGAAAAUUUUGAUGAAAUCCCAUCAUACACUCAUCUCUUGUUCGAGACUCUCCCAGGAGUGACAGGAAUAAUUCUCUUAGUAAUAAUUUUGACUAUGGCACUCACAUCAACCAAGUGAAUACGAAUGAACUAUUUCCAACUAUUUGGAUACACUCAUAUGACUCUUUUCCCUAUUUUUUGAAUAACUCUAAUGAUUCAUGGACUUAACUUCUGGUUCACAAUUGGGAUUCCUUUGGCAAUUAUCUUUGUUUUACCAGGAUUUAGCAUACUUCUAAUCCAGCAGAUGAUGAGAGUGUGAUCACACAAACUUAAUGACUUCCAUAUUAUAGAUGUAUCUGUUUCAAGCGAUUGAACAUAUAUGCUCAUGUAUUUAGAGAAACCUAAAAAUUACAGAUUAGUUCAUGGCCAAUAUGUGUUUGUUAAUUUACCUAGUGUUCAUCCUCUUCAAUGGCAUCCUUAUACAGUGGCUUCAUCGCCAAACAAUCCUUAUCUGAUCUUGAUGAUCAAGGGAGCAGGAGAUUGGACUUUGAAACUAAUUCAACAAAUGUAUUCCAUUAAGAAAAAGAUGAUGAAAAUGGAUGAAUUCCAAUCUGAUCGAUAUACAGACUUUGACUUAUUCAACUUACUUCACGACUUACACCAAGAACUAACAUUGCGAGAAUUCAGAGAUCGGAAUAAAUUGUUUUACCCUCAAAUCAAGAUCAGCAGAGCUUGAUCAACUCCGAAUGAUACCUUUAUCGAUAAAUAAGAAUAUUAUCAUGGUAGGAGCUGGGAGUGGUAUUAGUCCUUAUCUAUGCUUACUUGAAGAAGUUAUUAGAGAUGACAAAGGAAAGAAGAAUAACUUCAACUUUGAUUCUGCAAAGCUUGUCUUUAUAGCAAGAGCUGGUGAGCAAGUUUCAUGGAUCUCUAAUUAUCUCUUCCAUAUUAUUAAUUCUCCUUGGAUGCUACCAAAACUUGAAUUUAGUAUAUUCAUCACACUUGAGAAAAACCUGAAAACUUUACCUAGUUUUCUUUUCUGGAGAGCAUUUUUAUUAUAAUCAGUCUUAACAAGCAAAUCAUCAAAAAAAGAAAUAGGCUACCAUCAAGCUUUAACAAAAGCCAUACGAAGUACAGUACUGAGAACUGGAGGGGAAGUCCUGUGAAAGUAUUUUUCGGACGUCCUAAUUUCGAAGACAUCCUGAGGGACUCUAUCACGCCUAACUGCAAGAAAAUUCAUGUCUACUCUACCUCAAGUAUUGGGGUCAACCAGAUAUUGUUUGAUACGACUUGAAAGCUUACUAAAGAAACUGGGAUAAAAUUCAAACAUAUUUAUGAAUCAACAUCGUAAAAUAUGAAAAUAUAAAUUUUAGCUUAAUAAUUCAACUG